CCCAGGAACAUGUUCUCUAAAGACAUUCUUCGACUUGAAUCCGACACAGUGAUUCAAUAGAACUCUGCUCUGCCAUGAAGUCAACUGUUCUUUUUCUCUUGGGUAUCAUUCUCCUGGACCAGUGUGGGGUUCAAGGAACCCUAGUCAUAAGGAGUCAUCGUUGCUCCUGCAUCAGCACCAGCCGAGGCUCGAUCCACUACAGGUCCUUAAGAGAUCUCAAACAGUUUGCCCCCAGCCCUCAUUGCAACAAAACUGAAAUCAUCGCUACACUGAAGAGUGGUACUCAAACCUGUCUGAACCCAGAUUCGGCAAAUGUAAAGAAGCUGAUAAAAGAAUGGGAGAAACAGAUCAGCCAAAAGAAGAAGCAAAAAAGGGGGAGAAAACAGCAAAAGAACAAGAAAACUGGAAAAGCUAAAAAACCCAAAGGUCCUCAUGCAAAGACUCCCUAAGAGACCACUUUACCAACAAGUGCUCUGAGUUUAAAUGGCUUUUAGAGGAUACUGAAAUGCCUUCGGUGGGGAGUGGGCUCUAGCACAAACUCAUGAAGUUGGUUAGAAAUAUAAAGCAUGAUUUUAAAAGUAUAACUAAUGCCAGAAAGCUAAUUGUCAAAUCCAAAUAGUAAGGGUUGCUAGAGACAAAAA